AAAUAUAAAAUAAUAAUCGACGCUUUAUAUGAUACCUGGUCUAAUGACCAUGAUAAAAGAAAGGAAUCAGAAAAGAUUUUAUAUGAAAUAGAAAAAGACGAGAAAUUCAUCAUAUGUCUGUUUGAUAUAUAUACCUCUAAAAGUAUUCAUUAUAAUAUUAGGAAAUUAGGUAUAAUAUAUUGUAAGAAUUUAAUAGUACGUUAUUGGAAUAAUAGAGAUGGAUUUCAUUAUAGUGACAAUACAAAAAAAAUAAUAAAAAAGAAAAUACUGGAUAUAUUAAAUAAUGUAGAAUAUUUGAAUAAUUAUCGUGAGUUCAGUAUUUUAUUAAAAAGGAUAUCUAGAUAUGAAUUGGUUCAUAAUUAUCCUGAAUUAUUAGAUUGUCUAUUAUAUAAUAUUAAUAUACAUAAAACAAAUAUUGAUAAUAUAUAUAUAUAUAUCUAUUUACUUUAUAAAAUAUUAAGAGAACAAUAUAGUAAAAAAUUGUUUAAAGAUAAAAAAGAAACAUUUGAUAUUUCUGAAAAGUUUAUCAAAUCUCUUGAAUUUUUUUGGAAUAAUUCUAUUAAUUUAUAUUUCCAGAAUAAUGCAACUAAUAUUUUUUGUAUGUGUAAUGAUGAAAAGAAUUGUAAUAAAUGUAAAAAUUUAAAUUCAUUAAUUAAUCUAUAUGAAAAACAAUUAUUUGUUUCAAAUGUCGAUAAUACUAUUAGAAAUGAAGGAACCGCGAAUAAGAACAUUCCUGAGGAUGAAAAUUAUUAUAUACAUGAGAAAAAGAUACAUAUGAUGAAAUAUUUAGAUAGUAUAAUUCUUAAUUUAAUUAUUAAUAGGAACGACAUAAAAAAGGUUAAUAAUUAUGUGAAUUCAAAAACGCCAAAGGAAAAUAAAGUGGAUCCAGAAUAUAAAGUGGAUCCAGAAUAUAAGGUAGAUCCAGAAUAUAAGGUAGAUCCAGAAUAUAAGGUAGAUCCAGAAUAUAAGGUAGAUCCAGAAUAUAAAGAGUGUAAAAAUUACAAAAAUAAG